UCAUGUCCGCGGGCGGAGACUUCGGGAAUCCGCUGAGGAAAUUCAAGCUGGUGUUCCUGGGGGAGCAGAGCGUUGGAAAGACAUCCUUGAUCACCAGAUUCAUGUAUGACAGUUUUGACAACACCUACCAGGCAACAAUUGGUAUUGACUUUUUAUCAAAAACAAUGUACUUGGAGGAUCGAACAGUACGAUUGCAAUUAUGGGACACAGCAGGUCAAGAGCGGUUCAGGAGCUUGAUUCCUAGCUACAUUCGUGACUCCACUGUGGCAGUUGUUGUUUAUGAUAUCACAAAUGUUAACUCAUUCCAGCAAACUACAAAAUGGAUUGAUGAUGUCAGAACAGAAAGAGGAAGUGAUGUUAUCAUCAUGCUAGUAGGAAAUAAAACAGAUCUUGCUGACAAGAGGCAAGUAUCAAUUGAGGAAGGAGAGAGGAAAGCCAAAGAGCUGAAUGUUAUGUUUAUUGAAACAAGUGCAAAAGCAGGAUACAAUGUAAAACAGCUCUUCCGACGUGUUGCAGCAGCUUUGCCUGGAAUGGAAAGCACACAGGACAGAAGCAGAGAAGACAUGAUUGACAUAAAACUGGAAAAGCCUCAGGAGCAACCAGUCAGUGAAGGAGGCUGUUCCUGCUAAUCUUCCAUGGCAUCUUCAACUUUUCUUCAGAAGCUCACUGCUUUGGCCCCCUUACUCUUUCAUUGACUGCAGUGUGAAUAUUGGCUUGAACCUUUUCCCUUCAGUAAUAACGUAUUGCAAUUCAUCAUUGCUGCCUGUCUCGUGGAGAUGAUCUAUUAGCUUCACAAGCACAAAAAAGUCAGUGUCUUCAUUAUUUAUAUUUUACAAAAAGCCAAAUGAUUCCAACAUAUUCCAGUGAUAACUUUAAAAAUUAGAUACGUUUUCUCAAUUUUUGUUUCCUUUUCAAUGUUAGGAUAACGUACUUCAAAAUGAUGGAAAUUCCAACAGUCUGUGGCUAGGUUAAGGAGCAAUUGUUCACAGCAGCACUUGCCUACCUACUUGAUCUCUCUCUGCUUUUCUCACCUCUCCCUUAUUGCAUUCCCUAUUCUUACCAUCUCUCCCUCAAAACAAAUGAGGUAUGACAAAGCAGGAGUUAGACCAAGCCCAAUGGAGUUAUCCUUCAAAUUUAGUGAUACCACUUGCUCUAGGCCUUGGGCCAAGAUGUCCAAAAUUAUUCUUGAGCGCUGAUAUAAAUUACUUAGACUUUAUUUGAGGUCAAAACUCAACUAUCAUGGUAGGCAGUGCUUGAAUAAGAAAAGGGUUCUGAUGCAUCUUCAAAAUGAGUCCUAAUGAACACAGUGAGUACUUACAAAUUAAAUGAACAUAAAAUGUAUUUCAGACCAAAACAAAUGACCCUUUCACAUGUUAGUCCCUGGGAGAGAAGAGUUAACAGUGCUUCAGAACAUGUUUUUAAUACUGAAUUCUCCCAGUGAACUAUUUCUCCCAGGAUUUUAAAAUUCUCAACAUAGAGUUAUUCUGUUUGUUUAAAAAAAGAAGAAAACUUUUGUAAGCAAUAGAUUUCUCUUGGGUUUUUCUUUGUUUCAAAAAAUGCUAUGCAGGCAAGGCACUACAGAAAUCAAAUUCUUUUAAGAAGAACCAGCGGAAGAAUUUAAACUUGGUACCGUGAUCAAAACUACAAUAAACAAUGAUAUCUAAAGCUAUCAUUGUAGAAACAAUGAUAUCUAAAGCUUAACAACAAAAGAAUCCUCAACAGAAUAGCAAAUACUUUGCUCAGGACAUUUGAGGUCAAAUUGAAAAUGGAAACAGGUUUCUUAUAAGCCCCUAGUGGCAGAUCUGGAAAAGCAUACAUAGAAGAGGGAAAGGAGAGAAUGGAAGUAAAACUUAAUAUUAUGCAGAUUUAUGCCUUAUUUUUUAGCAUUUUUUUUUUAAUGUUGGGUCUUUCAGGCUGGUUUUGCUUUUUAUUAGAUCUGUAUAGUUUGGUUAAUUAACUAGUGAUUUAGUUUUAUAUUUAAGCUACAAUUAAUCUUUUUUCUUUGUUGAUAUUUAUUUCUUUGCCUUUUUUUUUAAACUACUUUCAGUUUUUAGAUGUUUUGUCUGAUCUAUUUAGAGCUUCAUCACCAUGGCAAUAUAUAUUUCCCUUAAAACACUGUAAACAAAUAUACUAGGAGUGCACCAUUUUAAUCUUUACUAGUUAUUGUGAGAUUGCUGUGUAAGUUAAUAAACACAUUUGUAAAUACAUUAUUUGCAGGACGAAAAUUUCUGAGUUACAGCUCAGGAAAAGCCUGCUGAAUUUACGUUGUAAGCAUUACUUAACACAGUAUAAAGAUGAAAAGACAACAAAAAAUAUCUUCAUACUUCCUCAUCCCCUCAUUGCAACAAAACCCUUAACUGGGAACCUUAUUCCCCUCUCUUUCCUCUUCCUUCUCCAGUUCCCACUUAUUGUCACCUUGUAAUAUUCAGAGAGCACUUGGAUUAUGGGUCUGAAUAGAGAAAUGCUUUCAGAUAAUCAUUAGCCCACAUACCAGUAACUUAUACUCAAAGAUGGGAUGGAGUUGUAAAGUGCUUUUAUAAUACAA